AUGCGGGGCCGUCACGUGGCCUUACUGCUGCGGCGGUCUCUGCCCCAAGCGGCGUGUCUGCGAGUCCCUCGCCGGGGGAGUUCGGGGCACCCCGCGUCCAAGUUCGAUGUCUUCCAGAAGUUGAAAGACCCUCCAGAGGAGGGUGAGGAGAAGCCCAAAGCCCGACGGAAGCCUUCUGACAAGGAGAUGCUCAAAUCACCAAGCAAUCAAACCCCAAAGCUUCAGCAAAGCAGAGAUCUCGGCAGCAUGGCGACGCCUGAAGGCGGCGGGGUAGAGCGGCAGCUGCCGAAGAUCUUCAAGACCAGCAUGCUUUGCGCCGGGCAGCCGCUUCAUUUCCACGUCACCCUGCUGGAAGGCUCAGUGUUCUUCUGGAUUGGCGGCCAAGGGUUGGAGGACCUCCAUGUGGCCACGCCAACACGCUUUGACCCGCAGCCCUGCGUCGCUUCUCUCCGGGGUGAGGUAGAUGGUCCCGGUAGCAACUUGGGGCAAAAGCUCUCGAAGCGCUUCGGUCUCCUCGUCUUCCUGAGCUUGAACAUACCCGACGUGGAUCCGGCGAUGUUGCUUGCCGUGCAGAAGGACUCCGAUCUGGUGGUAGCCGAGUCAUGUUCUGCUUUGGCAGAGCUAGCCGUCCAUUCGAGAGCGACGGCUAUGCAGCAUGAGGAUGCGCUAUCCUUGGCUUGCAUCGCGCGAAAAAAAGUGGGCAGGGUGUUGAGGCUGGUGGAUGAGAUCGUUUCCUUGACUCUGGUGGAGGCAGCAGACCUGUGCGAUUUGUGCCAGGAGAAGUUGCAGCCAGCUGACGGCUUGCCUCGGCUACCGUUCCCGCAUCCGGUGGGGAUGUUCCAAGGAGUGGUCGGGGGUGCGAUGCCCAUGGGUGGCAUGCCCGCCAUGCCAGCCGGUAUGCCGCAGGCCAUGCCCCAGGCGGCCCCAGCAGCAGCACCUGCUGCCGCACCAGCCGACGCGGCUGAGCCCGCUGCGGAGGAAGCGCCCAAGGCAAAGAAAGAAGAGAAGAAAAAGGAGACCUACACAGUGAAGCUGGUGAGCUUCGACACAGCGAAAAAGAUCAAUGUCGUCAAGGAGGUCAGGGCGAUCACCGGCGCAGGUCUUAAGGAAUCCAAGGAGCUCGUGGAAUCAGUUCCUAAAGUGCUCAAGAAGGGAGUCCCAGCAGCAGAGGCGGAGGCGCUCAAAGAGAAGGUGGCAGCCGUGGGUGGCGAGAUCGUCCUGGAGUGA